GUAGAACGACGUAAACAAUGAAGCAACGCUCGGCCAAUCUGGGCCGUCGAUCUAAGUUAACAAACCCGAGAAUAUGCUUUAUUUGUAAAAAAGGGAAUCUAUCUGGGGUUUUCAUUAGGGUUUAUGCGGCAAUGGCUAUGGCGCCCUCGCUGCGAAUCGGCGGCCGCAUUGCCUCGUCCUUCCUCGGCAUCAACAGCUGCAAUGGAGCAAGGAAGUGCGUGAGCAGCAACGGCAGCAGCAGAUCAGGGCAUUUGUUAGUGGUUUUUCGAGGUCAGUUCUCGGCCUCAGCACCUAGGAGGGCAAAGGGAAGCGCGGCGACGGAGUGGCACGACUCUGCGGAUGCGUAUUUCGGCGCCAAAGAUUCAAUUGGGAGUGUAGAUAGUAGUUUGGCCGAAGGGGAGGAUUUCGCGACGCAUUCCAAGCGCAGCGCCAGGAUUGCCGCGAGGCUAUCAAAGAAUUCCGAGGAGGCGACGGAAGAGCAUGACAGAAGAAACAGCCCAGCUAAGUUUGAGGAUAGGGGGCUGAGCGUUCCUGCCAGGAAAAAGGACUCUUUUUCGAUUCAGGAGGAAGAAAGCAAUGUGGCUAGCAGUGAUCCGGAUGACGAAUUCGAAGAAGCAGAGGAUGAGCGAGAACGGAAAAGAUUUUUGCCGACUGGAAUGAGAAGACUCAAGCGAGGAUAUGGAAGAAACGACAUGAGAGGGAACGAUAUGAGGAGAUACUAUGAUCCAAGAGAGAUCGACGAGAAACCAUCGGAAGUUCCAGCACUCAGAGGCGAGGCACUGUAUGGGAUUGGUCCCGUGAGAGCGGCACUCCAGGCGAGGAGAAGAGAUCUAUACGUGCUCUACAUCCAGAAUGGUCUCGACGAGAAACAUCCCGGGAAGAGGAAAGCUCUGGCCGAUGUGCUCUGGAUCAUGAAGGCCGCCAAGCGCUUGGAGCUCCGGGUAGAGACGACAUCCAAGCACGCACUCAACGUUCUCGUCGACAACAGGCCUCACCAAGGGAUGGUUUUGGAUGCGUCACCUUUGGAGAUGGUUGAUAUCUCGGCUCUGGAUCGUCCCGACGCUAUGCUGGCGAGAGCUCCGGUCUGGGUUGCUCUCGACGAGGUGAAAGAUCCUCAGAACUUCGGCGCCAUCCUGAGGUCGUCACACUUCUUCGGGGUUUGCGGGGUGGUGGUGUGCUCCAAAAACUCGGCACCGCUGAGUGGAGUAGUGAGCAAAGCCAGCGCCGGGGCCUUGGAGAUGAUCGAUCUCCUUUCCUGCAAGAACAUGAUGAUGUUCUUGAGGGACUCGGCUGACAACGGGUGGAGAGUGAUUGGAACUUCCAACAGCCCCGAGAGCGAAGUCUUGGGCGAUCUUCCAAAGAACGUCCCGACAAUUCUGGUGCUGGGAAACGAAGGAGUUGGGAUCAGGCCCUUCGUCAAGGCGGCGUGCACACACAUGAUCCGGAUCCCAGGCGCUCUUCCUUUCCGGAGGCCCAGGAAAGCUUCGAGAAUCGAGGAGGAGGCGGCUGCUCAAGUGGAAGCGAGCAGUGGCAGCGAACUAGCACUGAAAGCCGCGGUUCGCUACGAGAUGAUGAAGCUCAACUCGGAGGCGGAUUGCGUUCUAAGGCCAGGAACCGUGGACAGUUUAAACGUGAGCGUUGCUGCUGGAGUUCUUCUUCACGAGCUCACGAAUUUCUCGACAAAGUCACCAUCGCCAUUGAAGCUCCCGGCUUGAUAAAGUCCAAGACUCUGGUAUGGACUUUUUCGCGAUUCAUCGUGAAAAAUCUAAGUUUUCAAGUUCCUUGUUGAAAUGUUCUUCGCGGGCAGCGAUCGAGUGGCACAGCUGGUGGCCCGCGGUUGGGCCACGUAACGUGAUUCACUGCAAAA